UGCGUCAGAGGAGGCGCGGGGAGAGUAGGGUGCUGUGGUCGGAGCUGGAGGGCGAAGCCGGUGGAGUGAGAGGAUGGGCGUAUGCAGGUGAUAGACUAGAGAACAAGACUUCUGUCUCCGUAGCAUCUUGGAGCAGUCUGAAUGCCAGAAUGGAUAACCGUUUCGCCACAGCCUUUGUGAUUGCUUGUGUGCUGAGUCUCAUUUCUACCAUCUACAUGGCCGCCUCGAUAGGCACGGACUUCUGGUAUGAGUAUCGAAGCCCCAUUCAAGAGAAUGCAAGUGAUUCGAGUAAACUCAUCUUGGAAGAUUUCCUCGGUGACGAGGCGGAUGAGAAGACUUAUAAUGACGCUCUGUUCCGAUACAAUGGCAACUUGGGCUUGUGGAGACGGUGCAUUACCGUACCCCAAAACACUCACUGGUAUGCUCCACCGGAAAGGACAGAGUCAUUUGAUGUAGUUACAAAAUGCAUGAGUUUCACACUAAAUGAACAGUUCAUGGAGAAAUAUGUUGAUCCUGGAAACCACAAUAGUGGCAUUGAUGUGCUUCGGACCUACCUUUGGCGUUGCCAGUUCCUUUUACCCUUUGUUAGCUUGGGUUUGAUGUGCUUCGGGGCUUUGAUCGGACUUUGUGCCUGUAUCUGCCGCAGCCUGUAUCCCACCAUUGCCACGGGCAUUCUCCAUCUCCUUGCAGGUCUGUGCACUCUGGGCUCUGUGAGUUGUUAUGUCGCUGGCAUUGAGCUCCUACACCAGAAACUCGAGCUGCCCAAGACCGUAUCUGGAGAAUUUGGGUGGUCCUUCUGCCUGGCCUGCGUCUCAGCCCCCUUGCAGUUCAUGGCAUCUGCGCUCUUCAUCUGGGCUGCCCACACCAACCGGAAGGAGUACACCUUGAUGAAGGCUUAUCGCGUGGCUUGAAGGGAAGCUGCCUGCUUGACGAUUGCUAUUUUCAAUAUUUUUUUUUUUUUUU